GGCAGCGUCCCUUACCGAGUGCUUACUGUGGGCACCGUGCUGUGCUAAGCGCUGUAGGUGCACGAUUUCAGUUAUUUCAAACAAUCUUAUGAAAUAGGUGUUGUUAUCAUCCCUGUUUUACUAAAUUGGAAAGCGAGGUUCAGGGAGGUUACAUGGCCCAUCCGGGGUCACACCUAGUGUUUGUGAGCGUUUUUUCAAAGAGCAAUUCUUGUACACGACCCAGCAGUUGGACUUCCAGGUAUACAUGCGAGAGAAUUGAAAACCUAUCCCCGCAAAAACCUGGACAUGAAUGUUCAUGGCAGUGCUGAACGGAGAAACAAAUGGCAGCCUAUUUGCGGUGGAAAGUUAUUCAGCUGUAAAAAACCAUGGAGUACUGACACACGCCACAACAUAAACGAGCGCUGAGAAACAUGCUAAGUGAAAGGAGACAGUCACAAAGGACCACACGCUGUAUGAUUCUGUUUGUACUAAAUAUCCAGAACAGGUAAAUCCACAAAAAACAGAAGUAGAUCUGUGGUUAUCAGGAACUGGAGGAGGGAGAAGUGAACAACGACUGCUUAAUGGCUAUGGGAUUUCUUUUUGGGGUGCUGAGAAUAUCCCGGAAUUAGACAGUGAUGCACAGGUUUGUGAAUAAACUAAAAACUACUGAACUGUACACUUGAAAGAAGUUUAUGGCAUGUGAGUUACAUCUCAAUUUUUAAAGAAAGGAGGAUUUAACAUGUGCAUUUCAAAUGCAGAGAUCAAUAAGGGGGUGGUGUUGAGUCUUGUUACUGCUGCAUUAACAUUUUCCAGUAGUAAUCUCCACUUUGUUUCUAGGUCACCUUGACCUGGAAGGGAUUUGAGGAGUCCUGUUAGACUUCAGACAACUGAGUUCUAGAGUGCAUGUGUUGGGACCAAAGCCUGUUUUUCUGUUUCUAUAUUGGAAUUAAUUUGACAGCACGCAUUGAUGGCUCUAAAGAAGUCAUCGCUCUCACUGGAUUCCAGUGAGAGCGACUCUGAAGAGUUGCCAACAUUUGCCUUCCUGAAGAAGGAACCGUCUUCAUCAAAGAGGAGGCAGUCUCAGAGGGAGGAGAAGAUUGUUGUGGUUCACACCUCGGAUUCUGAGGCCUCCUGUCCUCCGUCACCAAGGUUGAAAGAUGUAUCACCUACGCCGGACACAGCUGAAUCCAUCACACAAACAGAGCCAGUGAGGGUGCUAAGCAGUGGAAGUGAGGAUGAGGUAGAAUUAAUUCCCCUGGCCGAGAGGCUUGCAUGUAAGUUUUUGACCCACAAGCCACUGAGCCCUGAGGACUCUAGCUCCCCAGUUAAAAGUGUAUGGGAUCAUCAAAAUAGUGAAGGAGCAUCCUGUGACUGGAAAAAAGAACCCUUUCCAAAGGUCCCUGAUAUUCCCCUCCGUGACACCUCAGAGAGAUAUGCAUCAAAUAACAAGGACCCUGCGGGAGACAGUCCAUGCCACCAGCUUCCAGGCUUCAAAGCUACCUGCCCUAUCCAGAACAGCAGCUGGACAAAUGCUGAGGUCCCCCCACUUCAGAAGAGAACCAAGCCUAGCCAGGAGGUCCAGAGGAGCAGCUCGCAGGGACGCCAGCCGCGGAGACGAGCAAGCCCGAAGGAACGCGCCCUGGGACAACAGGAGAAGACCAAGAAGGCAGCCGUGGCUAACAGGCUGAAAGCUCAGAGGCCCGAGGAAUGCCUAAAGCAUGUGGUCGUGAUGCUGGAUCCAGUGCUUUUGCAGAUGGAAGGGGGAGGCCAGCUCCUCGGGGCACUGCAGUCCAUGGAGUGCCGGUGUGUGAUCGAGGCCCAGGCCGUGCCCUGCAGCAUCACCUGGAGGAGAAGGGCUGCGCCAGCCGAGGACGGACAGCAAGGCUGGGUGGAGGAACCGAUGGUCCUGGUGCCGCUCCCGGCAGAAGCGUUUGUGUCCAUGGUCCGGAACUUCGAGCAGGGACGUGUGGGCGGCCCUGAGAAGGGGAAGGAAACACUGCGGAGCUUUGCGACCAACACCACGGCGAGGGCAGCUGGGAAAGCUCUGUCCCUGGUUAUUGUGGAUCAGGAGAAAUGCUUCAGUGCUCCAAACCCCUCGAGAAGAAGGAAGCAGGGAGUGGCAGAUAGGGAACAGGCGAAGGAGAAGCAGCGGAGACGACCAGAGGCCAGCGCAGGGCGUGUGGUGUCCAGAGUAGACGUGGAAGAGGCGCUGGUGGAUCUGCAGCUGCACACACGAGCCCAGGCCCGACUGGUGCAGACCUGGAAAGAGCUGGCCGACUUCGCAUGCGCGUUUACCAAGGCUGUGGCUGAGGCACCCUUCAAGAAGCUUCGAGACCAAACUAGUUUCUCCUUCUGCCUGGAGAGUGACUGGUCUGGAGGGGCAAAGGUGGACCGCACAGGCAGGGGACUCAUGCUGGUGUGGAGGAGACAGAUUCAGCAGCUGAACCGAGUCAGCUUGGAAAUGGCCAGUGCCAUCGUGGAUGCCUUUCCCUCCCCCCAGCUCCUGGUCCAGGCUUAUAGGCGGUGUCUCUCAGAGCAAGAACGUCAGAAUUUGCUCGCAGACAUACAGGUACGCCGUGGGGAAGGCGUGACUGCCACCUCCCGCCGGGUUGGACCAGAGCUAUCCAGGCGCAUCUACCUUCAGAUGACCGCUCUGCAGCCAGAUCUCUCUUUAGACGGUGCGGACUGAGGCCAGCCCUGGGGAAGCUGGAGAUUUCCACCUCACCGAGCUCGGAAGAGGACCAUGGGAAGAGGCUGGAAGCACAAGCCUGGGUCGGGCUCACA